AUGUCUGCAAACACCCAAACCACUGUGAAGAGAGGAGAACUCUUUGUGUAUAUUAGUUACAUUUCAGCCAUUAGAUCUCGUUCAUCAAAAUGUAAAACUUUAUUACAAAUUCUUGAUAGCAAUCAAGUGAAAUACACUGUUAUUGAUUUGGGAAUUGUUCCAGAAAAGAUUCAUGAAAUGUUGAAAUUUAAUGGAGGUAUUCACGAUUUACCACAAGUAUUUGUGGACACUAAAUUUGUUGGAACCUUUGAUGACGUUGAAGAAUGGAUUGAAGAGGAAAGACUUUUAACUGAAUUGCAACAAGCAGGAUAUAAGGGAGGACCAAACCCACCUCAUGUCGAUCAAGAAGAAGUCAAUAGAAUGAUUGAGGAAUUUAAAACUAAAUUCCCAGAAGAAGUUCUCUCAGAAGAAGCCAAACAAGAAAAAAUUUCCAUCAUUGAAAAAGUGAAACAAGAAAAAUUGGAACAACGAAGCAAAUUACAAGAAAGUAGUGCAACCAAUACUACCCAAUCUGAAAAUGCAUCCAAUGCUGCUGUUCAACACAAUGAACAAGAAGAUGAAGUAGAGGAUGAGGAUGAAGAGGAGCAACCAGCUGAAGAAGAACCAUAUGAUGAUGAGGAAGAAGAAGAAGAAUAUGUUCGUAAAUAUGAUCCAAAUCGUGACUCUGAUGAUGAAUAUUAUUAA